AUGUCCAGCCAGGUUCAGCCGGUCCAGUUCGAGCUGAGCCGCCACAUCCUGAAGAAGGUUGCUUCGGCCAUCAAGUUUGACGAGAGGGCUGACGCGAGCUGGCUCAAAAUCGAGUUCAUCCGCCCCAGCACUGAGUACGGAGUCCCCAUCACCGUCGAUUCAGACGAUCCCAAGUUCUUCAGGAUCCAGAACAUCUGGGCCACGGCCGUCCAGGCCGAUCCGACCAUCAAAGACGAAGGCGCCCUCAUCCUUAAGGCUAGGAGGAAGGACGGAACUCCGGUCUCUGCCAUCGACCCCAGCAAGUACCACGUCCCCUCUGACGCAGUCCAAUCCAACGUCACUGCCGAGCCCGCCCGUCACCCAAGCCUGAGCAACCUUCGUGGUGCAUCUCCGUUAGGCGCCAGCAAGGCUCCCAAACUUAGCCCCACUGCUGUCACGAGCGCUUCGAAUCUCCGUUCAAGCGCCUCACCUGAGGUUCCCGACAACACCAUGAUGCAUGACCGUGUCCCCCAUGCUGGCGAAAUCCAGAAGCCGGAUGGUAUGGCUUCCAUACUUGGAUCUAAUCAGCAGAACGCGCGCCGCGCUCCUGGAUGCGACACCGAGGCCUCUGAGGCUCCUCGUCGCCGUCGCGCUUACAGCGGCUCCACUGUGUACUCCCCUGCUACUACUACGGUCACGUUCCAAGCCAACAUAACCACUGGUCCCAACAUCGUUGCAGUCCCUUUCGACCUUGACAACAUCAACGAGUCCAUCGAUGACAUCGUCGCCUACGUUGACUGGAAGAAUAGUGAGGUUGGUCGCGCCAGCCCGGUCGAUUUCAAGACGUUCCUGAGCAUCAUGCGCUUCCGUCCCAUUCAAGCUAAUGCCGUAGUCCUACGCAAGGCGGAGUGA